AUGGCAUACGACCGUUAUAUGGCAAUCUGUCACCCACUGCAUUAUGUUGUUCUCAUGAGUUUAAGGAACACUGCUUACCUAUCUACUAUGGUGUGGCUUGUUGGUUUUUUAGAUCCCAUUGCACACACUGUCCUAAUAGCUAAGAUGUCCUUUUGUGCAACACACUCAAUAAACCAUUUUUUCUGUGAUGUUUUGCCAUUGCUUCAGAUCUCCUGCAGUGAUACAUCAGAGGUGGAAAAUCUAACUUACAUUAUUGGUGCAUUAAUGGCAUUUACUACAUUUCUGCUUACUUUAGUGUCAUAUAUCUUUAUUAUUUCCACUAUUUUGAAGAUAAAGUCUACAGAAGGCCGUAUGAAAGCUUUCUCUACCUGUACAUCUCAUCUGACCUGUGUAAUUAUGUAUUAUGGAACAUUAAUGUGUUUGCACAUGAGACCCACAUCCAAUUAUUCUCCAGAAGAAGACAUGUAUUUUGCUCUAUUAUAUGUUGUGUUGGUUCCUAUGCUAAAUCCUUUCAUUUACACUUUAAAAAAUAAAGAAUUUCAAGAGGCUUUGACAAAAUAUAAGAGCAAAGUGUUGUUAAAAAAAUAG